AUGUUGAACUUGAUCGGGGCCACAUCAGGUAGAAUAUUCAGAAACACACAAUGUGCCCAUCACAUAACGCAAGUGCGAAAUAAGAUGAAGUCGCACCACGCCAUCAAGAACAGACUCAUCAAGACCAAGUCGGGGCAACUCAAACGAAGAUUUGCUGGUACCAAUCACGGGAACGGCAAUUUCAGCUUUGCGUCGUUGAAACAUCUUCGAGGCUUCACUACGGUCAAGCCUAAGCUGUAUUUGAAAAAGAUGUUGCCCUUCGCAUAG